AUGUCGGACGCAACAUACAAGCUUGUGAAACACGAGUUUAUCCUAGAAUUGGAUUAUCUAAGCUACAUCGGACGAAAAAUAUUCAUACAUCCUUUCCUUAAUCGGUCUAAAACUUCAGUAACAUGUUACGCAAUUAUAACUGUACUUAUUUCAUUGACAGCCCUUCAGUUGUUUAUAACUCUGUGUGUGACAGCCUUAACGACAACUAAUUGGUUUGAACUCAUAAACAUAGCUCCGAAUUUAGGUGUCGUCCUAAUGACAUUGACAAAAUAUUACAAAAUCCAUCAACACAGAAGUCUCUACGAGGAAAUAUUUGAACAUUAUCGCAAAGAUAUAUGGACUGUUGAGAUGGCCGAUAAAGAUUAUCAAAAUAUCAUUUCGCAGUAUACGAAAAUUACCAAAAUUGUUACAAGGUUUUUGUUUUACUACUGUAUACCAUUGAUAAUAGUUGUCAACUCAUUCCCGAGAAUUAUGAUGUACUAUGAAGUUAACGUCGCUAAAAAGGAGAAAGAAUAUCUAUUGCCUUACGAUGGCUGGUAUCCGUUUGAUAAAAUUAAUUGGUAUUAUAUCGCUUAUUUGUGGGAAGGAAGUAUGACAGUCCUAGUCAUUGGUAUAGUAUCAAUAAGCAAUUCAAUCCAUGUGGCUUAUACUUAUUUCAUUUGUAUGGAAUUGAAAGUUUUAGGACAAAGCAUUGAAAAUCUUAUUACAGUCGAUAAUGUGAAUGAUUUAAUAGAAAAUAUCGAUGUGAGAAAUACGCUUAGAGUGAUAAAUAAUGAGCUAAAAGACAUUGCAAGGAGGCACCAGGUGCUUGCUGGAUUAUCAUCUCGAUUAAAUACAGUAUUGGGUGACACCAUGCUACUUACAUAUUUUUUCGGAUCCGUGUUUAUGGGUCUUACAUUCUUUACUGCAACGGUUGAAGAUAAUAUUUACAAAGCUCUUAGAUACUUCUUUAUGUGUUGCUCGUUGGUGGUGGACAGUUUCUACCAAUGUAUGAUCGGACAGGUCUUGAUCAACCAUAGUGAAAACCUAGCACAUUCGAUUUAUUCCGCCGACUGGACGUACGCAGACUCAAAUACUAAAAGCAGUUUGUUGAUUUUGAUGAUAAGAGCUCAGAAACCUUUUCAAUACACGGCCAAAGGUUACUUGAGUAUGAAUCUGAAUACUUUUAGUGCUAUUUGCAGUUUAUCAUUUCAAUUGUUCAACUUGGUACGACGAGUGUACGAAUAAAAUGCAAUACACCACAGAAUCCACUCUAAACCUAUUAAUAAUUGCAUAAUAAAAUUAUUUAUAGACUCUGAGAAAUGCCUUAUUUGUCAG